AUGGCAGCAGAUGGCUACACUAUGGGAAAGAUGUGGAAUCCAUCCUUGUACAUUGGCUCCAUUCUGGACAGCCAUGAGCACCGGGUGGCAAUACUGCCAAAGCGAAUAAAGGACUCAAUGCCAUCUCCAGAACCGAAGCCAGGGGACUCUGGAUGGCUCUAUCGAGUGCUUGAGCCAUACUACUCGCGGGAAUGUGUGGACAAUGUGAUGUCGGCCAUGCUGGAGGGGCAGAUCUCAUCUGGGGCUGCCUGGCCUCGGAAAAUGGUCCAAGAGAUUUGCAGCCUCUAUCAGGUGCCUGUGGCGUUGCCCACCUCCUCAGGGGCCUCAGCCUUACAUGUGGCCUUCUUGGCUUGCAACUUGGGACCACAGGACACUGUACUGUUGCCUGCUCUCACGAUGGUGGCUGUGGCGAAUAUGGUGAAGAUGGUGGGUGCGAAGCCCAUCUACUGUGACUGCGCUGAAGACUCGGUGAACCCGGGCGUCCCGGAGCUCCUGGAGAAGGCGACGCCACGCACCAAGGCCGUGAUCGUUUGCCAUACCUAUGGAGUAGCGUGCAAGGACAUUGUGUCUAUCAGAGAUCUCUGCAAAGAGAAAGGCUGGUGGCUUGUUGAGGACAUCUGCGAAGCUAUGGGAACCCGAGCAGACAAUGGAGAGCUGGUGGGAACUUUUGGAGACUUUGCGGUGACCUCGCUCUAUGCUAAUAAACCCAUCACUGCCGGAGAUGGAGGUUGGGUCCAUGCCAGGGACAAGAAGCACCAUGACCGGCUGAAGUCCCUUGUUAACCAUGGCUUCGAUCCAGCUUAUCAUUUUCUCCACUUUGAGGUUGCCCCAAAUGCCAAAAUGAAUGGGCUUGGUGCGGCCUUUGUGUGUUCACAGGUGAAGACUCUCCCUGAAGUGAUGCAGUACAGGGGCAAAAUCGCUAGCUGGUACCGACAAGAACUGGCUGAUGUUGCUUCAAGCUUGCGCUGCAUCGAACAGAGGCAGAUUGAUGCACCUUGGGUCUUCGGCGUUGAGACGACGAACCGAAAAGCAAGGGAUGAACUGCGAGAUCAUCUCGCUCUCUAUGGCAUCGAGACGAGGAAUUACUUCUAUCCUCUUCACUUGGAGCCAGCGAACUUCUAUGGCGAUGAGGUCGGCGUCUAUGAUAUUCCUUUGCCGCGCUCCGAGCAUUUGGCCCAGGUUAUGCCAGUCUCCUGCAAAGGUACUGUGAUUCGCGCUUUCUACAAACCUGAUGCCGCCAUACCAGCACCUUCACGGAAGCAUGGUUGGGUGGAUGCUGAGCGAUCCAAGCUCUUGAAUUGUGAGCCGUUGGCGGAUCAAGGGCAGAGCUCCGUCCGAAUGCCGCUUCCGCGAGAGGCCAAGCGCAACGAUGAUUUGCAAGAGCAACUUCGAAGCUCUCGGGUGGAGGCGCAGGAGCUUCGGGAAGAGAUGCUCAAGAUGCGAGAGGAGUUGCACCAUGCCGAAGCCCGACGUUUGAAGGAGCUUCCAAAGCUGAAGAGUGAGCUCAAGCAAAGGCUCGCCAGCCAGGCCAAUGGCGUGCGUGAGGGACAGACGGACCUGCCUUCAGAUUGGACGGAUUGGAUCUCGAGUUUGCAGGCGGAAUACCAUCUCCAGGAGGUGGAAGAAGAGGUGAGGGAGCUGGAAGCCCAGUUGGAUCAGGCGGCUUCCGGACAGGGUAGCAUGCAGCGGCGUCAUUCCAUGAUCGUGGGAGAUGGUCGACUUUCCCAUGCGACGGCCCAAGCUGAAGGGACUUCUCGCCAGUCACAGUUCCAGUCGCAUCAGCUGCAACAGGCUGGAUCUGGGGGAAUUCCAUUAGACAGCAACGUCAAUGAUACGCUAAGUGCUCUCACAAAGCCAGAUGCCCAUCAUGACGCAAUCCUGGUGGGUCUUAGGUUGGUGAGCUCCAAAGCUGAGCUGUUGGGGAACCACCAGGGCCUGGCAGAGGUCGUGUCACGACAUCUGGCCAGUGGCCACCCAGAGGUUGUGUCCGCAGCAGCGAGGUCGUUAGGCAGCCUAGGGGAGGCGGGAGCCCGCUAUGCAGACCACGUUGCAGCGGUGAUCCGUUGGCCAAAUCCCAGCGUACGGCUGGCUGCAGUAGAGGCCCUUGGCCGAUUUGGUCGUGCGGCUGCAAGGCAUGCUGGGAAGCUGGUGAAGGUGGCUUCUGAUCCAAAGCUCCAGGAUGAUGAGCUCAAGGUGGCAGCGGUUGCUGCACUGGGCCAGGUGGGUGGUGACCUUACUCAAGUGCCCUCAGUGGCCUCGCUGCUCUCGGACAAGUCACCACAUGUCCAAGGUGCAGCGUGCUUGACGCUUACCAGCUUGGGCCCCUUCGCUGAGGAGCACACGCAAAGCAUUGCUGCCAAGCUUGAGCAGGAUGAAACCCGUUUGGCUGCAGCAGCUGCUUUGGCGAAGCUCCCUCCCGGGUCCGCCAAGCCUUUUGUGAAAGACAUCGUCUCCAAGGCGCUGGGCGAUGGUGACCCACAAGUUCGGGAGGCGGCCGUGGAGGUUCUUUCCAAGGCAGAUGCCGAGGUCUUCGAGGAGUGUCAAGGACCUUUGACCGAACUGCUGAAGCACAAGCACCCUGGAGUUCGUGCCUGUGCGGCGCUUUGCUUCGCACACUUCGGGGCGAAGGCGCUCCCGGCGGCGGGGGAGAUCGCCCAGCUCCUGACGGAUGCCGAAGAGGACUUGUCUUGGCUCCCGCUACACUUAGGCGGCACCCGGCGCCGCGAACCGGCGGAGCGGCGGAAGCCGCGCUGCGCCGCGGUGCUGGCCCUGGGCGCCAUGUGCUCGCAGGAGCAUGGAGCAGCAGUUCAAGAGCUGCUGGAUGAGGGUGACUGGGAAGUGCGUUCCUGCACUCUGGAAGCCCUAGCAGGCUACAGCUCCUCUGAUGCGGACCUCAUUGAGAGGAUUGCGGCAUUGUUGGAUGACGACACCUAUGCCGUGCGAGCAAAAGCCUGCUUCUUGUUGGGCAAAGUGCAAGCGACGAAUCAAGCGGAUCGCCUCUCCGAGAUGCUGACGGAUAAGUCCCAAGCCGUUCGACGGGAGGCGGUGACUGCGCUGGGAACAUUCGGCUCCGCAGCUGCCACCUACGCCUACGAGGUGGCCUGCCUUCUGCUCAGCGAUCCUUCUGGCAAAGUUCGAUCUGCUGCAGCCAAGGCGCUUGGUGCUUUGGGCGAAAGUGGAAGGCCGUAUGCAAGCGCUGUGGCGAUGCAGCUGAGUGACGUAGAUGCGGAGACUCGCUCUGAGGCGAGCUCCAAAGUACAGCAUGAGUGGGUCGAGAAGGCAGACCUUUGGGAAGCCCUGUGCAAGGCCUACACAGCUGACCCUGGUGAGUGGAGAACUCAACGGGGAAGGAAAGUGGAUUGGCCUUCUAAAGAUGGUGACACAGGCAAAGAUUGGUUUUCGAGGCUUUAUUACGUGCACACGUUGAUUACCAAGCAUGAUGCGGUCAUGUGCGACAAGUGCGGCGAGUGGGGUGCUACGGACCUCGACUUCUUUGAAUGUGAACAAUGCCAAGGGACCUGGUGUGAUGGCUGCGCUGAACGCGGGCCUGACAAAAGAUUUGUACUGACAGCUGGCACAGCUGUUGUGGCCGCCAUGCUUUCAGCUGCGAACGCUGCGAUACUACGUUGUGCGAUGGUUGUGCUGACCAUCACGACUGCCCAGUACAGUCAGAACAGGAAGAAGACGAAUAGAAUGAUGACGAGGAUGACAAGAAAGAUGAGCAGAAGAAAGGAUGACCAAGAAUGA